CAGCAGAAGAGUAAUUUAAUUCAAGCCAAACUAUUUCUUUUCCUUUUGUAUAAAAAAACACCCUGAAUUUCAAUGUGUGGUCUUUAAAAUAUUUUUCUGCUGGAAUGGAACUUCUCUCUGUAAAAGUGAAGAAAGGAAGGUUGGAUAAAACAACUGACACCUCCAACACAUACGUUGUUUUAAAAGUCCAAAAUUUAAAAAGCACUACAAUAUAUAGAAGAGGAAGGGAACCCUCCUGGGAACAAGACUUUAUGUUUGAAAUCUGUGCUGAUGGAAAGGGCUUCAUUAUAGAGCUUUGGAAGAAAGGCUUGCUCUGGGAUAGCAUUUUAGGAGUUUUAUGGAUUCCCCUUGCCAGUGUGGAAUAUGCAUCAGAUGAAGGCCCAGGUUCCUGGUGGAGAUUGCAUUCUGAAGUAAUAAAAAAUGGAAGUGAGAUUCAAGGCACAAAAACACCAACUUCUCAUGAGAUCUUACUAGAUAUCUACUUUGUAUUACCAUUUGAUACCCACACAGAUUUAGAUUGCAGAGGUUGGCCUAGAGAGACACCCCUCCAAUGUACAGGACAUUCACAUCAAGAUACAAAUGACAGUCAGUCAUCCAUGAUGUCUGAAUGUCGUCAUGAUACAUACAAAAUUACUUUAAGCAAGAAUAUGACUGAAAAUUUCUUAAACUUGUCAAGAAAAUGCAGGUAUUUUCAAAGAUUCCGAGCAGAAAUACGAUGUUUCAAAACUUAGAGGCCACAUGAGUAGGUGUCAUGUAUACCUACACAGGAAGAGAAGGAGGGAUAUGCUGCUCACAAAACUAUGCUAGACCUACAUAGAUUGUAGCAACCAAUUUGGGGUUGAGUAUCUUGUUCUAAAGUGUUUGGCUUUAAC